GCUAAGUCUCACAGUGUUAUCAAUAAUUGUGAUGGCGAAUCAUCACGCACCUUUGUGAUGUGUUGUUGGAAAUUUUAUAAGAAUGCCAAUACAGGCGCCCCAAUGGACUGAAUUUCUGUCCUGUCCAGUGUGUUGCAAUGAAUUUGAUAUCGCUUUACGUAGUCCAAUCAGUUUGGGCUGCGGACAUACAAUAUGUAAAGCAUGUCUGUCAAAUUUACAUCGAAAACAAUGUCCAUUCGAUCAGACAACCAUCUCAACAGAUAUCACUAAUCUACCAGUAAAUUAUGCACUAUUGCAAUUAGUUGGAGCCACAAUUCCAAACGAUUUAGAUGAAUCCGAACUCAAAAUUAUACCACAAGAACAUUGUCAAAAAUAUUUACAAUCAAAGAAAUGGAUCGAAGAAUUAGCAUUAUAUUUGAAACCAUUCUCGAAUGGGAAUGUUGGUGGCAAUGGAAGUUUAUUAUCACGACCAAUGCAACGGAAAUUGGUGACGUUAAUCAAUUGCCAAUUAGUGGAAGAGGAGGGUCGGAAUCGUGCAAUGCGUGCUGCUCGAUCACUUGGUGAACGUACUGUAACUGAGUUGAUUUUACAACAUCAAAAUCCACAACAGUUGUCAGCGAAUUUAUGGGCGGCGGUUCGUGCACGCGGAUGCCAAUUUUUAGGACCUGCAAUGCAAGAAGAAGUUUUAAAAUUAGUGUUGUUAGCGUUAGAAGAUGGUUCGGCGUUAUCUAGAAAAGUGUUAGUUAUGUUUGUAGUGCAACGUUUGGAGCCACAUUUUCCACAAGCGUCUAAAACAAGUAUUGGACAUGUUGUUCAAUUAUUGUAUCGAGCGUCUUGUUUUAAAGUAUCCAAACGUGAAGGUGAUUCAUCGUUAAUGCAAUUAAAAGAAGAAUUUCGUACAUAUGAAGCACUACGACGAGAACACGAUGCACAAAUUGUACAAAUCGCAACUGAAGCUGGUUUACGUAUAGCACCUGAUCAAUGGUCAGCACUGUUGUAUGGGGAUACAGCACAUAAAUCACAUAUGCAAAGUAUCAUUGAUAAAUUACAAACUCCACAAUCAUUCGCUCAAUCUGUACAAGAAUUAGUUCUGGCAUUGCAAAGAACUGCUGAUCCUGGUAAAUUAUCUGUGUUACGUCCAUAUCUUGAACUUUUAGCUGGAAUUGAUCCAAGUACAGAAUCAACAGCUCCAUCAUGGGAAGAUUGUAGCAGUGCAUUAGAAGCUGUGAAAAUUGUUGUGGCUGGUCUUGUAGAUUUUAUUCAACAUCAUGGUAGCCGUAAAGUACCUGAUACGGGUCAUACGCAUAAUACUAAAUAUAAGAUUAGUAUGUGUAGAGAUUUAACGUUACGUGGUCAUUGUCCCAGAGGACCAAAUUGUACAUUUGCACAUUCCGAGGAAGAAUUAGAAAAAUACCGUGCGAAAAAUCGUAAAUUAAUGGUUCGUCAUAAUAAUAUUGGAGGCGUACGUGAAUCUAGAGGGAUUGUUGAUAGUCAAACAGCAGAUACUCCAUAUGUACCCCCCGAAGAUAUUCUAUACAAUACAUCCCCUCAAUCAAUACCAACAGGGAAUUUACCACAAACAACACCUAUACAACUAUCUCGUAUCGGAUAUGAUUGUCCACCCCCAUUCCAUGGUGGCACACCUUUCCCAAAUACACCUACACCCACAUUUCAAACAUCCCCACCACAACCACAAAUCUUUUCACCAAAUCAUCCUCCGCCAAGUGGUACAACAUUUACUGGGGGUGCCACCGAUAUUUAUAAUACACAAACACCACAUAAUAUUGUACUAAAUACCGCUUAUCCGCCACCACAAACUCCACAUGAGUUUAAUAGUCCACCAAAUCAACGGCCAGAGAUUUCAUUACCGAAGCGACCGAAUUGGGAGCAAUAUGUGCAUGGCGUACAAAAACCGUUGCCACAGUUAAUACAAAAACGACCAGCAAAAAGUUUAAUGGUAUUACAGCAACGUCGUCAGGAGAUUAUUACUCAAUUGGAAAAAGUUGUGGGUAAAAAUGCGGCAACAGCAAUUUCACAUUCAGCAACAAAUCAAGCACGUGUAUUACCAACACCUACGGACACAGAAAAUUCCUUUUCGAUAUGGACGAGUAAUAAUUCAUUAGGUCCGACAUUUGUACGAUCUGAUUCAAUUUUAAUGGAUGACGAAUAUGUACCGUUCGAGGCACCGUGUGUUAGUAAAUAUGGUCCUAUAUCACGUAUGAAUAAAUCACCAGGUCAUUCGGUUCAAGUAUCAUCUCCAUUUGGUGAGAAUACAAUAUCUACGUCAAUGACACGUCGUCCGGUGCCAGCUCCAAGUCCUGUUAGUAAUUGGUAUUUAACAAACGCCGCCAAUCAGAAUAUGCAAACAAUUGCACCUCCAACGGCUGGUCUUGGAGACGGCUAUAUUACAAUUGGACAUGGUAUCUGUGAUCCACCACAAUUGUAUAUUAAAUGUCAAUCACAAGAGCUGUUAGCUGAAUCACAACGAGUGAAACAACAGAUCAGAAGUUUAGAGCGUAAAAUCAAUGAUUUACGUUUAGCAACACGAAGUCAGAGUGGUUUAUCAGAGGGUGAACGUUUAGCACAAGAAUUACAAUAUAUUGAACAAGGAAUUAUUGUUGAGAAAGAGAAGGAAGCACGUUUGGGACAAUUUGUUGGACCAGGUGGCGAUAACGGUUCACCUGAUGAAGAUACAUAUGAAGCAAGUAUUGCACAUGAUAUGUGCGAAUUAGAAUUACGUUGGAAGACUGAAUUGGAGGAACAGGAAAAACGUUGGUCGAGUGAGGAUGAUACUGUUAAUAAAUAAUUACCAUACA